AUGCCUACAAAGGCUCUCGAGCCCCAGACCAUUAUCGAUAUCGAUGGUUACCUUAGGCCCAAUGUUGCUGCCAUAAUCCAGAGGCACAACUCCUUCAGGCGUUGGAAGGAUACCAUUGAGAAACACGAAGGAGGGUACGAAGACUUUACGAAGGGGUACCUUCGAUUCGGCCUCGUACUUGGUCCCAACAAUGAGGUCACAUAUCGAGAAUGGGCCCCGAAUGCCAGAGAAGCAUAUCUUAUUGGUGACUUCAAUGAGUGGAACAGGACAGCGCAUCCGAUGGCGAAGAACGAUUUUGGCGUCUGGGAGAUCACAGUCCCUCCUCUUCCCUCAGGCAAAUGUGCCAUUCCUCAUGAUACCAAAGUCAAGAUAUCGAUGAUUUUGCCUGGAGGCACGCGGAUUGAACGCCUUCCUGCUUGGAUCAGACGCGUCACUCAAGAUUUAUCCGUGUCUCCCGUUUAUGAUGCACGUUUUUGGAAUCCCCCUGCCUCCGAGAAAUAUGUCCCCAAGCACCCUCGACCCCCGAAAGCGAACAACGUGAGGAUCUACGAAGCGCAUGUCGGAAUAUCGACUGCGGAUCCCAGAGUCGGCACAUACAAGGAAUUCACAAAAAAUGUUCUCCCAAGAAUCAGAGAUCUUGGCUACAACGUUAUUCAAUUGAUGGCGGUUAUGGAACAUGCGUAUUAUGCCUCAUUUGGCUACCAGAUUACGAGUUUCUUCGCCGCAAGUUCUCGAUACGGGACUCCAGAAGAUCUCAAAGAACUCGUCGAUACUGCUCAUGGAAUGGGACUCACCGUCCUUCUCGACAUUGUGCAUUCCCAUGCCUGCAAGAACGUCUUGGACGGCAUCAAUGAGUUCGACGGCACCGACCAUUUGUACUUCCACGAAGGUGGCAAAGGUCGACAUGAUCUAUGGGACAGCCGUCUGUUCAAUUACGGUCAUCAUGAGGUACUUCGAUUCCUCCUCAGCAACUUGCGUUUCUGGGUCGACGAGUACGGCUUCGACGGCUUCAGGUUCGACGGUGUGACGAGUAUGAUGUACAAACACCAUGGUAUGGGUACUGGAUUCUCUGGCGGGUACCAUGAAUACUUCGGAGACUCUGCCGACGAAGAAGGCAUUGUUUAUCUCAUGCUCGCUAACGAUGCUAUACAUUCUCUGUACCCCAACACAAUCACGAUUGCGGAAGACGUCUCCGGUAUGCCGCUUCUCUGCAAACCAGUAGAAGUGGGAGGUGUUGGAUUCGACUACCGUCUCUCAAUGGCUGUCCCCGACAUGUGGAUCAAACUUCUGAAACACAAGCAAGACGAUGAAUGGGAUAUGGCCAAUAUCGUUCAUACAUUGAUCAACAGGCGCCACGGAGAGAAGAGCAUUGCGUACUGUGAAAGUCAUGACCAGGCACUUGUGGGUGACAAAACCAUCGCCUUUUGGCUUAUGGACAAGGAGAUGUACACACAUAUGUCUGAUCUCACCCCCAUGACACCUAUCAUCGCUCGAGGAAUCGCUCUCCAUAAGAUGAUUCGCCUUGUUACGCAUUCGCUAGGUGGGGAGGGCUACCUGAACUUUGAAGGAAACGAGUUUGGACAUCCUGAAUGGCUCGACUUCCCGCGAGAAGGGAACGGAAACUCUUUCCAGUACGCACGUCGGCAAUGGAACGUCGUUGAUGAUGCCCUCUUGCGUUACAAAUACCUCAACAACUUCGACAUCGCUAUGAACCAUCUCGCAGCCAAGUAUGGGUGGCUGGAUGCACCUCAAGCCUACGUUUCACUGAAACACGAAGGGGACAAAGUCCUCGUUUACGAACGCGCUGGCCUACUAUUUGUCUUCAAUUUCCAUCCGACCAACAGCUUCACAGACUAUCGCGUCGGAAUUGAAGAACCAGGAGAAUAUAAGAUCGUACUGAGCAGCGACGAGAAACGCUUUGGGGGAUUUGACAACAUCAAGUUAGACAGUUCUUUCUUUACUACGCCCAUGGGGUGGAACGGAAGAAAAAACUUCCUGCAGGUGUACAUUCCAACUAGGACCUGCAUUGUUCUUGCCAAAUAA